AUGUCGGAAUACCAGAACGUUGUUGGGGGGAGGCUGAAGCUGAAGGGUAAAGCGCUGGACGUGAAGGAAGGUGGAGUCAAGAAAAAGAAAACGAAGAAGCAUCAGCUUGAGGAGUCAUCUCAGAUCGAGCACGAUGAGCUCCAGAAAGGCGGAAACUCUGACUUACCAACUGAUCCCAACAAUGAGCUGAUUGAAGCUGAUAAGAUGGGAGAUGAAGAAGGGAAUCCACAUCCUGACUAUGACCAUCUCACACCAGCGGAGCGACGCUACAUGGAACAGAAGCAGAAGAUUGACAUGCAGAAAAUGCCCAAAGUUGCCAACAAGUCGCACAGGGACCGCGUCCAGGACUUCAACCAGUACCUGGCAAACCUCAGUGAGCACUACGACAUCCCCAAAGUUGGCCCUGGCUAA